AUGGCUGAGUCUCAGCAGAGCCAGAAGGCCAGUGCAGGGGGCACUCAUUGCCCCAAAGCAGGUUUUGAGGAUGACCAUGAUCAGAUUGCACAAGAAAUACCAGCAAAUGAAGCGCCAGAGAAUGAAGCUCUUUCUCCCACACGUGUCACAGACAGGAUAUUUUUCAUUGAUGUAGCCAACAAGCAACUGUAAAUCAUUUCGCCAAGGGUCUUGAGUCUAGAAUACCUGGAAGAGCUGCACAUGGAAAAGAACCUGAUUGUAAGCAUCCCCUGAGACAUCAAUCACCUGAGGCACAUGAAGAUCCUCUACUUGGACCAGAAUCACAUACAGGACAUAUGUGAAGAACUGGGGGAGCUGAAAUGUAUUCUGAGCUUAGAUUUAAGUAACGAUCCCCUCUCUUGUAGUUCGCUGACAGUUAUCAGCAAGUUGCAGUCCCUUCAUCAGCUCAGGCUCUAUAAAACAAACACGCACGAAAUCCCAGUGCAGAUCUGUGAAUACCUCCAUCACAUUGAACUGCUUGGCCUUUCCGACAAUAAUCUCAAGUGUCUGUCUAAAGAAAUAGUGAAACUGACAAAACUCAAGGAAAUUUACCUCCGGGAAAAAAGAUCUAAAAGUUUUCCCAAGGAGCUUUGUCAUAUUGCUAAUUUAGAAAUAAUAGAUCUGGAACAAAAUCUAAUCAGUCUCAUCCCAGAAGAGGUAGGCUUUUUGACAAACUUAGUUAAGCUAUUUUUAGCUUUUAAUAACUUAUCCUCCAUUCCUCCUACACUGCAACACUGCCAGAAGCUGGCUGUGCUGGAUCUGGCUCAUAAUCUCCUGCCCAAACUUCCCCCAGGUUUGAGGAAUCUCACUGAAAUGAGAGUACUCAGACUGUCUGCUAACAGCCUGGAGAAGUUCCCUCACCAGAUCUGCUGCUGGCCAUCCCUUUCCCAUGUUUAUCUGAGGAACACCAGACUGCACACAGUACCCGGGUCCUCCACCAGAUUAACCAGUGUCAGGAUACUAGAUGUGAGUGAAAAUUGUUUUGAUGAGAUUCCUACAGGAAUAUGCACUACGAAAAAUCUGGAAGUAUUGACCCUGAGUGGCAAUCCAGUACAGGAGAUACCCGUGGAGGUGAAAGAACUGACAAAUUUGAAAUGUCUUAGCCUGUCUGAAAACUAAUCCAGUAUCUUUCCAAAGGAAAUCUUUCUCCUGGAGUCAUUAGAGAGAUUAUACCUGGGACAAGAUAAAGGAAUUACAUUCACAAGUCUGCCAGAAGACGUCAGCAAAUUGCAGAAUCCGAAAGAACUGCAUAUGGAGAAUAAUUGUCUGGAGUACCUGCCCACAGCCAUCAGUUCAGGGCUCAUCCUCAUGCAGGAAUGCUCUCCAUCAUUCCUGUUCUUUGUGCUGCAGCUGUUUGCUUUUGUGUGUUCAGGUUUGCAAAAACUGCUCGUUCAGAACAAUCACCUGUCCCAGCUGCCCGAGGAUUUGGACAGUCUUCAGCAGCUGGAGCUGCUCCUUGUGGAUGCGGACCUUAUCCAACUGAAGUGCGCUAUCAGGGGACAUCAGCCAUUGGGGAAUACUUACAGGGAAAGAGGUAUCCAAAGUUUGUGGUGUGGGUUGGUGAAUCCCGAGAAGGGGAUUGGACCUUUUUUGACACUUAAGAAUCUAACGAAAAAAAGAAACAAGGAAAAGAAAGGAAAGGGAAAAGAGAAGCCUGUAAAAGGAUCAGAAACCAAAAAGUUAUAUUUGGGCAGUAACCUGCACAGAGCUCUUUUCAUUUACAGGAAGGGCAAAUGUGAGCAGAGAUAA